AUGUCUUCCUCCUUCAAGGUCAUCAUUGCCGGCGGCAGCUUGGGCGGCCUGAUGCUCGCCCUCUGCCUCGAGGCUGCCGGCAUUGACUUUGUCCUGCUCGAGAAGGGCGAGAUUGGGCCGCAGCUGGGCGCCUCCAUCGGCUUCCAGCCGCACUCGAUCAAGGUCUUCGAGCAGCUGGGCGUGUGGGAGGACUUCAAGAACACGACUGUGCCCAUUAUGUACCGCCAGCACUUCGACGAGAAUUGCAAGUGUUUCGAAGACUCGCGCCUGUUCGCCGACAUCUAUGAAAAGAUGGGCCGCCCGUGGGUCUUCUUGGAGCGCUGCGAGGCCAUCAAGAUCCUCUACAACCACGUCAAGGACAAGUCCAAGGUCCGCGCGCACACGGCCAUCGAGAGCUACACCGAGUCGGAGAACGGCAUUACGGUGAAGACCAGCACCGGCGAGACCAUCGAGGGCAGCAUCCUGGUUGGCUCCGACGGCAUCCACAGCCACGUCAGGACCCUGAUGGCCGACGAGGUUGCCAAGACGGAGCCCGAUCUGGCCAAGGAAAUCAAGGAGGGCUUCACGACCGAGUACAAGUGCCUCUUCGGCGUGUCCAAGAACGACCCCAGCAAGCCCAUGAUGCCCGAUGGCAUGAUCCACACCGCUUACUACGACUACCACUCGUCCUUCUCCACCGCGGGCGUGCCCGGCCUGCUCUUCUGGUUCUUCUACGUCAAGAUGGACAAGGUGUCGCGCAUGCCCAACGUGCCGCGCUUCACCGACGAGGACGCCGCCAAGGUGGUUACCGAAUACGGCAAGACGGUGCUGGGCCCGGGAUACACGUUGCAGGAUCUGUGGGACAACCGCGUGCGCGCGACCCUGGCCCCACUCGAGGAGGGCGUGAGCAAGAAGUGGAGCAACGGCCGCGUCGUGCUGGUCGGAGACGCUGUGCACAAGGCAACCGUCAACCCCGGCCUCGGAGCCAACACGGCCUACGAGGGCAUCGUGCGCCUGACCAACGGGCUGCGCACCCUGCUCUCGCUCGCGCCGCAGCCGUCGGUCGCGCAGCUCAAGGAGCUGUUCGAGGCCACAUACGAGGCCAACCACCGCGGCCGCGCUGAGACGGUUGUCUCCCUGUCCGGCGUCGUCACUCGCUACGAGGCCCAGGACACCUGGUACUUGAAGAUGGCCAGCCGUUGGGUCAGCCCCUACAUUCCCGACGGCCGCAAGGCCGACCUGUACGCCGCCUUCUCGCGCGCCGGCCCGUGGCUGGACUUCCUGCCCGACCCGGACGCGAAGGCUGCCGAUGGAGCGCAGCCGGUGGCCGUCGAGUCGAGGUUGUAG